ACAAACACCAGCCAUCUGUGUCCAGAUCACCAACCACUCGAUCAAAACUUUGCUGCCUCGUCACAUCCAUCCGCUCUGCGUUUGACACCUGGCACCAUUUCCACCCUACGUGUCAUCUCUUUAACCUAAUCCCCUUCCAUCUCACCUCCUCUCCGGACCACCGUACCACCACCCUCUCACGGCGGAAUAGCCAAAUCAGCCUUCUCAACGAGCGGUUUCUCUUCAAUUUCUCCUAAAUCUCGCAAUUCCGAUCAAUCUCUCCGAUAAUUUCAUAUCUAUUUCGCCAUUAGAAACAGCAAUCUGCUGAACAGAUUUCAUGGGAGCUGGUGAAGGAAGCUCAACUGCUAAGCAUUCUAAACCUACCUUAUCUCAGGAAACACAUCCACCCUCCUAUGCUGAUUGGUCAGCCUCAAUGCAGGCGUAUUAUGGUGGCGGAGCUCCUUCACCAUUCUUUCCGUCGAUCGUUGCAUCUCCUACUCCUCAUCCGUACAUGUGGGGAGGCCAGCAUCCUAUGAUGCCACCAUAUGGGGCUCCAGUUCCAUAUCCGACUCUAUAUUCACCGCCGGAAGUUUAUGCUCAUCCCGGCACGCCUAUGGUAGUCCGCCAGAAGGUAGCAUCAAGUUCAGGGAAUGACGGUAACACUACCCAAAGUGCUGAGAGUGAGAAUGAUGGUUCUUCAGAUGCCAAUUUGCAGAAUGACAAGUCGGGGAAUACCGUUGUUCAUACGCCUGCUACCGCUAAAAAUUUAGCGGUUGAAAUGCAUUCGAAUCCGUCUGAUGCUCCUCAAACAGCGGUCCCACCACCGAUAAUGGGACAGUGGCCACGCCAAGAUGAACGAGAACUGAAGAGACAGAAGAGAAAGCAAUCUAAUCGAGAGUCAGCUAGGAGAUCGAGAAUGCGCAAGCAGGCUGAGUGUGAAGAGCUACAAGCACGAGUCGAGGUACUAAGUAAUGAAAAUCACACGCUCAAAGAUGAGCUGCAGAGACUCUCUGAGGAAUGCAAGAAGAUAACGUCUGAAAAUGAUUCUAUGAAGGGAAAGUUAAGUGAGUAUUGUGAACCUGAGGUUGUGGCGAAUGUUGAUGCUCAUCUUAAGUCUCGAGAAGAUGAAGGUCAGCAUUGAGAAUGUGACCGGAUCAGACAGUUAGUUGCUAAAACUGCAAAUUUAGAACAAUGAUAUUUGCCCGUAUUAUAAGAAGUUACGGUAGGAUUGAUUGAUGAAACUUAAAUGUUGCGUAUCUCGCGCACUUUAUGCCAUUGGUCAAACUCAAAUGGGCCUUGACCUUAAGGUGUCAAGGGCAGGACCCUUGACAGGUUUACUAUGAACCUAGGCUUUUGGGGUCCAAUUUUUAUGCCCAACUUUGAACAACUAUUAUGGUUUAUGUCCUUGAUCAGAAAAGAAACACGGAUAAUAUUUGGUAAUUAAUGAUUUAAGUGUUCUUGUGGUUUUUAA